GCAAAAGUUAUUUAUUUCAAAAACUAAUCACUUCUUUACAAGAAAAAUACGGGAAAAAACAAGUCGGAGUCACGGCUACUUCGGGUAUUGGUGCCGAAGUUAUUGGAGGGACCACUCUCCAUUCUUUUUUAGGCAUUGGGGUUGAUAGUAAUCUUAGUGUUGAAGAACUAUUAGACCGCAUUUUAACUAGCCGUUCUUCUUAUGCCCGUAAAAACUGGCGGAAAAUUAAGGUGUUAAUUAUCGACGAAAUAAGCAUGUUAGGCGGGGAAUUAUUUGAUAAACUCGAAAGUCUAGCUCGGCAAAUUCGGCAGAGCGAGCAACCGUUUGGUGGUAUCCAAUUAAUUCUAGCCGGAGAUUUCUGCCAACUUCCUCCGGUUGGCAAAUCUCCGCUUUAUUGCUUUGCGGCGAAAGCCUGGGAAAAUUAUAUUCGGCUGGGUCGCUUCUCCAAAAGCCGCUGGGAAAAAUUUGUCUCCUUGUUAGCCCGUGAGCCAACUUGGCCGGACGAUGGGAUUAGGCCAGUUAGUUUAUACGCUACCAGCCAGGAAGCCGAAGCCACUAAUAAUCACGAGUUAAUUCAAUUACCCGAACCUUCUUACCUAUUUACGGCCGAUGACCAAGAAAAAGAACCCGGCAAAUUAAAAGAGUUAAUUCGGGAUUGUUUGGCAGCUGCCAAGUUAGAGUUAAAAAUUGGUGCCCAAGUGAUGUUGAUAACUAAUUAUUUAGAAAAAAGAUUAGUUAAUGGAAGCCAAGGAGUAGUAAUCGAAAAAAUUGAGGGUUAUGACAACAAUAAUCAGCCAGUAAUUUCGGCUACUCGCACCCAAAUUCCGCUCAUUUUGAGUUACGCAAUUACUAUUCAUAAGAGCCAAGGACAAACUAUUGAACGGCUAAAAGUUGAUUUAAGCAAAUGUUUUGUGAGUGGACAAAUUUAUGUGGCUCUUUCUCGGGCCAGUGACCCGCAAUUUCUCCAA